AUGUCGUCCGCAGUGGCCGGCGUCCCAGGGGACGCCAGCGACGUCGAGAAGCAUGGCACGGUCGAGGGGCACGGCCAGUACCAGCGCCACGGGAAGCUGGUCUCGAUGCUCAAGGUCGACGAUGGCGAGGUCUACGAGAGCCAUCCGGAGAAGAACCCAAAGUGGUACCAGAGGAUCCUCGACGUCGGCGUCGAGGAGAACGGCAUCAAGCCGGUGCCGAUCGAGAAGAGGACGGACCGGCGGUUCUACAACCUCUUCACCGUCAUGUUCACCGCGCUGAUGUGUCUUCUACCGCUACCCACCGGCAUGUUGGCGACCCUCUCCUUCGGGAUGAGCCUCCGCGACGCGGCGCUGGUGAUCCUCUUCUUCUCGGUCGUCACCGUGAUCCCGCCUUCGUUCCUCGGCAUAGGCGGCACGCAGACGGGGCUGCGGCAGCAGGUGCAGGCGCGGUACUCGUUCGGGCUGUACCUGGCGACGGUGCCGCUGCUGCUCAACGCGGCGACGGUGAUCGGGUUCUCCCUCGUGGCGGCCAUCGUGGGCGGGCAGGCGCUGGCGGCCGUCAACCCGUCGGCCGUCAGCGACAACGUGGGCAUCGUGGUGGUGUGCCUCUGCAGCUUCGCCGCCUCGCUCAUGGGCUACCGCGCCCUGCACGUCUUCAACGCCUGGACGUGGAUCCCCAACCUCGUCUCCAUCGUCAUCGCCGUCGGCUGCGGCGGGGCCAAGCUCCGCCUGCAGUCGGACGUCCCGCCCGCCACGGUCCAGCAGGUGCUCUCGUACGGCGGGCUCAUCGCCGGCUACUUCCUCACCUUCGGCGGCACCGUCUCCGACUACUCCAUCUACCACGACCCGCGCGCCAUCAGGAAGCCCGUCGUCUUCGCGAGCUACUACCUGGGGAUAUUCACCCCGUCGGUGCCGCUGCUGAUCCUGGGCGCCGCGAUCGGCGGCGCGGUGCCCAACGUGCCCGAGUGGAGCGCCGCGUACGAGUCCCUGGGGAUCGGCGGCGUGGUGGCCGAGAUGCUGUCCCCGGCGGGCGGGUUCGGCAAGUUCGUGCUGGUGCUGCUGGCGCUCAGCGUUAUUGGUAACAUCGCCAUCUCCAUGUACUCGGUGGCGCUCAACCUGCAGAUGCUGGUGCCCUUCUUUGCGCGCGUGCACCGCUUCUUCUUCAUCGUCGCCACCUUCGCCGUCAUGAUCCCCUGCUCCAUCGAGGCCGCCCGCGAGUGGGAGGAGAGCCUCGAGAACUUCCUCGCCCUCAUCGGGUACUGGGCCGGCUGCUUUGACGCGGUGCUCAUCGGGGAGCUCGUCGUGUUCCGGAGGAUGAAAUACUCCUCGUACGACCACGCCAUCUGGAAUGUGGGCAGGGAGCUGCCCACCGGCAUUCCCGCGCUGCUCGCGAGCAUCAUCAGCUUCGGGCUGGUGGUCCCCGGGAUGGCGGAGGCGUGGUACACGGGGCCGAUUGCCGAGAAGACGGGGGACAUCGGGUUCGAAUCGGCGUUUGUGGUCACGGCGUUGUGCUAUUUCCCUCUUCGGUGGCUUGAGAUCAGGUGGAGGGGACGGUUGUGA